AUGCAAGCGGCGGGGCAACAAGUUCAGUUGUUGCUUUAUGGCACAGUGAAGAAGGCCUCUGGGAGGUAUGUCAUUGGUCACAGAGCAUUGGCAUCAGCCUGGGCGCGACUCGCCCGAAUAGGCAAGAUUCCUGAUUGGCACCGUUUUUCUGACUUCUGCUCACGAACUGCUCAGCAGUUUCUGUUUGUUCACGAUGACAGUGUUGGUGCUGAAGACGAGGGCAAGGACAUGGAGACACAAUAUCACGCGGAGGUAUUGAUCAUGCUCUUUCAUGAUUUGAUGGGCAUUACAAUCCAACCUCAAGAGCUGCAUGCAUAUCUCGAGUCGAACAUAUCAUCUCAGUCUUCCGAUACUGGUGGUGUGGACAGUUCUGAUCCGGCAUCAAGCUCAACCUCUGCCUAUUUAUCCAGUGAGGAUGGUGCAUUGGAUUCUGAUGGCAGCAAAGCUUCCACUCUGUGCUCACGUCGGAAAAGAAUGCAGCAACAGCGGCAAAUCUAUCAUGCGCUCGACGAGAUCCAUCAGAAAAAGCAAAGAGUUGAAGGAGUUGAAGGCACAAAUGAAGAUCAGACAGAAUCUCAAUCGCAACAAACCUCGAACGCAGAGAACAUUGAUCUUCCUACAUUGCUGGCUCUGCUUGAGGCAAAAGAUACCCAAAUAGCAAAUCUGCGAGCAGACAAAAAGCGAUUGCAACAGUCACUACGGCGAGCAAAUAUUCGUUCGCAAAAGAUGCAGAAAACCCAUGAGGUUCAAGUGGACAAGCUGCAGAAACGCACUGACUUUGAUAUUCACAGGUGUGACGAAGAUUGGGAAGACAACUCCAAGAAGAAGUGGAGCUGGCUCACGCCAAAGGGCCAGAUCAAUCUAGCAGAUGCAACCAAUGGGAGGGACAAAACAGUGGCUUUUGAAUUGGACUCAGCGUAUGUCAGCAACGUAUCCAAAGCAGAGCAAUCUGUUUUGAGCUGGGAACACUUCACUCGUGUGAAGCGGAUUGCAGAUCUGGCACCAGUUGGUGAUGAGUCUGCCCGUGGCUGCGUUGGCAUUACACUGUCAUUGGUGGAUCAUGUCUUCAUGGCAACUACAGAUCGUGGAUCCAAUGAAGUUACAGCGCGCCGUCUGAUUGCUGCCGAAGUGUCUGAGUACGAAAAUGUCUACUACUUCGAACAAGACUGCCUGGAGCACAGUCCACAUCUAGUUGUUAUGUCGGGAUUGCUGCUGGUCGACAAGCUCCUUGCAAGUACAGCUACCUGGAAGUAUUGGAGUUCUUUAGCCAUGUGCUCCUACACUUGCAGGGACCAGGCACGUGCCCUCUACGAUUGCUACUGCGAUCGCUUUGGGGCCAUGAAAGGGAAGGAGGCAGUGAAGUCCAUAUUUCCGCGUCCAGUCUGCCAACGCUGGGGCAGAAUUGAUGAACUCGAAAAGCGCAUCAUAAAGGCAGGCUUUUCUCAGCUGGCGACUUGUCUGGCUGACAUUUUGACUCGGAAAUUUGUGGAUACUAGUGAGCUCAACUCAUUUGGCAAUGGUGACAGUGACUGCGACCAAUGGGAGGUGGUGCGCUGUAUUCGCGAAGCAUUGCACGCUACAAAAAAGAACAACGAAUCGGAGAAAAAGAAGAUUGACUCGCUCAAGGGAGCAACACCCAAUGAGCUUAGUCUUCAGGAGUGCAAAGACUUUUCUUUGAAAAUGGGUAUUUCUUCAGACUGGCAAGAACUCUCGACAAGCAACUGCAGCGAGGACCAACUCAGGUUCCUAAUGCUGGUCGCUGGGUCAAUGCUCUUGCACAAUGCUUGUGGCUUUGAGCGUCGUAUUCUGCUUUCUCUCAGGAAUUAUCCUAUGAAGCUCUUACUUUUGGUCAGAGCACCGCCAGAGCAGGUCUGUUACACCCGUAGAGAGAUUGCAUUGGAGAUUCUGGGAACAAGAGAAUCCGAGCUUGAGGUAAACACCAAGAAAUUGAGAGCUCGAUUUGCCAAAGAGCUGGAACAUGCUUCUCAAGAAGGAACUCUUCCCCGACGUCUGUACUGGUUGUUGAAGGGAGCUUCCAUCAUGCUCAAGCCUGAUGUUCGUGAGAAUGAGAGGCUUAACAAAAUGAUAAAGCUCAUGGAUGAUAGGGCUCCUCAUAGCAGCAUGGAAUUGAAGAGUUCGCGACUGUCUUUGAAGUACCUCCUCGGGCAAGGUGGCGAAGCAAAUCCACAAACAUCGUUCAGGUGGUCAAAGUUCAGACCAGUAGCUGAGAAAGUCCGUGACCAUUGCUUGCAAGGGUGGUGUGACCUGAUUGAUGUUCAGUCAAACCCAAUGAGGUGGGCCCCGAGCACGGCCGCGCCAGAUUGCAUCCCCAAUGAGAGGGCUUUGUAUUUGGAAGGGAAACUCAAACCGUACUUGAAUUGCCACUCUGUGCAGUACACGUGGGCUGCCAGCUACAACAUGGUGCUCCACAGAAACUUGUUUGCUCGCACAGAGAAGCAGCAAGAAUGGCGAAAACUUUUACCUCCUGCCUUUUGCGUGGCUGUUCGCAAAUCCGGUCAGAAGACAUCAAGCUUCAGGUACUUUAUUUCAGCUGAGACUGUACGGAAGAAACAUCAUGUACUGGAAGCUACGCGGGAACCCGAUACAAAGACUCUAUGCUGGCAUCGACUAUCUGGAUUCAAACCGCUUUUGGAGAUCAUCAAAGACCACUUUGACUUGGUAAGGGCAGCGCAUUCCGUGUUGCUGUUUCAUUUGGAGUUAGUUUCAAUGGGUUCACUUGAUUCCGGAGCAGUGAAUUGCGCAACCUUUGACCAAACACGGCGUCUUGUGAAAUUGGAACAGCCAACUGCAUCAUUCCUCAAGAAGAUGAAAGCACAGGAAGGCCAGCCUGACCACCAGGCCAACUUGCCUGAGUUGCCCACCGCUGCUUCGUCUGAGCAGGGAUCUGUCCCACCAAAGCCCUGUGAUGGCGCUGACCAAGAAAUUGGCCUUGGCCUGUUGGCUGAAGAGGCAGAGGCAAGAGAUCUUCACAUUUCUUCUGACAACUCUCUUGAAGGGGAUGAGCCAAAUGGUGACGAUGAUGCAGGAGGCCUCCUGUCGUCGAUUCAGAAUCAAGAUGCAGCUGAAGAUGAACUCAUGGAAGAUAUUGCCACGGCGACAUUCAAAGAACAAACCAGUGAGGACUUCGUAACAUCUGUUGAACACAGCGUAGCGAUUCAAACGAUUCAGAAGAAAGCUUGUGACAUUGAUUCCGCUGAGCAACAGCGCAUUAUUUCGCAACUGCAAUCUUCAGAAUCAAAUUUGGACUGUGUAGAAGCUGCAAUGGAGGCAGGUUUUGCCAAGUCGGCUGGUGUGGAUGCAGUUGAUGCUGCAGAUGCAUGCACGCAGGAUGACAGCAUUCAGCCUGGUUCUUCAGGUUUCUCGGUUUCUCUUUAAACACAUGUUUUUGUCUUUUGUCUUGUCUUUUAUUCGGCCUUAAGUCGUAAGUUGAAAGGCUUCCAGUCGCCAGUCGCAGUGGCUGAAUGGCUGAAUGCCAGCUGCU